AGAACAAGCUUCUGUAGUUUGGUGCCAUGCCUGUUUGUUCUUCUCUUACAUAGCUUCUCUUCUUUGAUUAAGCUAAAGUCUAAGGUUUGUUUGCUUAGACUCGAAGUGGGUAUUCCAAAUCGUCGCCAAAGCUCUCAACUUUUUUGAAGAAUAGGAAGUUGAUUUUGAUUGCUGCGUUUUUGCUUGUUAAUUAACUGUGUCUCAUAGUCAUGGGAGAUGUCUGGUUAAGUCCUGUCUCCAUCACUGCUUCAUCUAAUCAGUUGAACUGUAAAUGUUAUUCCGUUAAGAAGAGCACUUGUGUCUGGAGAAGUCGUCACUCUCUAGACUUUGCAUUGACCAUGAAGCUGAAACCAAGGCAUGUAGUCUAUAGUAGUAGUAGUGUAAAAGUAAAGUCUUUUUCAUUAGAAACAACGAGAAUGAGUUUUCUAGAGAAGCCUGAAGCGGUCAGGAAGAGUAGGAUACAUUUUCUAGAGGAGAGGGACGAAGAGAUGUUAUCAAAGAGACUUCUCAAACUCAGCAGGUCGGAUAAACUCAGAAGCGCAUCAGAGCUGUUCGAUUCCAUGAGAGUCUCGAGUUUACAACCCAACCCUCACGCCUGCAACUCUUUCCUCUCCUGCCUCCUGAGGAACGGAGACCUCCAGAGAGUCUUCACCGUCUUUGAGUUCAUGAGGACUAAAGAGAACCUCACAGGGCACACUUAUAGCUUGCUGUUGAAAGCUGUGUCCGAAGCUAAAGGAUGUGAUUCCGCGCUGAGGAUGUUCAGAGAGAUAGAGAACGAUCCGAACCAGAAGCGUUACUUCGAUGUGGUUCUAUACAACACAGUGAUCUCUCUCUGUGGAAGGGUGAACAACGUGUGUGAGACAGAGAGGGUAUGGAGAGUUAUGAGUAGCGAUGGUCUAGUUGGAACAGAGGUUACGUAUUCUCUUCUUGUCAGCAUCUUUGUUCGGUGUGGGAGAAGCGAGCUAGCGCUUGAUGCGUACGACGAGAUGAUCAACAACAAGAUAACUCCUAGAGAGGAUGCAAUGCACGCGUUGGUAAGCGCAGCCACGAAGGAAGAUCAGUGGAGCUUGGCGUUAAAGAUCUUUCAAAGCAUGUCAAAGCCUAACCUCGUAGCGUGCAACGCUCUGAUGAACUCGCUAGGAAAGGCGGGGAGAGUGGGUUUGGUGUUUAAGGUUUACAGCGUUGCAAAGUCUCUAGGGCAUAGACCUGACGAGUACACGUGGAACGCUCUGCUCACGGGGUUGUACAAAGCGAACAGAUACGAAGAUGUUCUUCGGUUGUUUGAUACGGUGAGAAGCGAGAGACUGUGUUGUCUGAAUGGGUAUUUGUAUGAUACAGCGUUGAUGUCUUGCCAGAAGCUUGGUUCGUGGGAGAAAGCUGUGAAGCUUUUGUAUGAGAUGGAAGGUUCGGGGUUGGUUGUUUCGACUUCAUCUUAUAAUCUGGUGAUAAGCGCUUGCGAGAAGUCAAGGCAGUCUAAAGUUGCGCUGCGUGUGUAUGAGCAUAUGGUUGGGAGGGAGUGUAAGGCUGACACGUUUACGUAUCUCUCGCUUAUGAGGAGUUGCAUUUGGGGUUCUCUUUGGGAUGAGGUUAAAGAUAUCUUAAAGAAAGUGGAACCUGAUGUGUCGCUUUACAACGCAGCUAUACAUGGGAUGUGUUUAAGACGUGAGUUCAAGUUUGCAAAGGAGCUGUAUUUGGAGAUGAGAGAGAUGGGUUUGGAACCGGAUGGUAAAACUCGAGCUAUGAUGCUACAAAUCUUGAAGAGACAUUAAAAGUGUAAAGUGUUGAUGCUUUUGUCUACACAUAUACUUGUUGUUAAUAAUGGUUAGUAAUCAUCAUUAA